GGAAGGAUGGACGGCACUGCUCUCCCUGCCAGCACACCCGCAGCUGCCAAGCUAGUUAAGAGAAAUUUCCUGGAGGCUCUAAAGUCAAAUGACUUCGGAAAAUUAAAGGCCAUUUUAAUCCAAAGGCAAAUAGAUGUGGACACAGUUUUUGAAGUUGAAGAUCAGAAUAUGGUUUUGGCAUCUUAUAAACAAGGUUAUUGGUUGCCUAGUUAUAAGUUAAAGUCUUCUUGGGCAACAGGCCUGCAUCUCUCUGUCUUGUUUGGUCACGUGGAAUGUCUUUUGGUACUACUGGACCACAAUGCUACAAUCAACUGUAGACCCAAUGGGAAAACUCCUCUUCAUGUGGCGUGUGAAAUGGCCAACUUGGAUUGUGUUAAGAUCCUUUGUGACCAUGGAGCCAAGCUCAAUAGCUACUCCUUAAGUGGACACACGGCUUUACACUUUUGUACAACUCCAAGCUCCAUUCUCUGUGCCAAGCAAUUGGUUUGGAGAGGGGCGAACGUGAACAUGAAGACCAACAACCAGGAUGAAGAGACCCCCUUGCACACAGCUGCCCACUUCGGCCUCUCGGAGCUGGUGGCCUUCUACGUGGAGCAUGGGGCCGUAGUGGACAGUGUGAACGCCCACAUGGAGACGCCCCUGGCUGUCGCCACCUACUGGGCCCUCCGCUUUAAAGAGCAGGAGUACAGCAGGGAGCAUCACCUCGUCUGCCGCAUGCUGCUCGACUACCAUGCCGAGGUCAACGCCAGGGACGAUGACUUCAAAUCUCCGCUCCACAAGGCAGCCUGGAACUGUGACCACGUGCUCAUGCACAUGAUGCUGGAAGCGGGCGCUGAGGCCAACCUCAUGGACAUCAAUGGCUGUGCGGCCAUCCAGUACGUGCUGAAGGUCACCUCUGUGCGGCCUGCCGCCCAGCCUGAGAUCUGCUACCAGCUACUACUGAACCAUGGGGCUGCUCGAAUAUACCCUCCACAGUUCCAUAAGGUGAUACAGGCUUGCCAUUCCUGUCCCAAAGCAAUCGAAGUUGUAGUCAAUGCCUACGAACACAUCAAGUGGAAUGUAAAGUGGAAACGGGCUAUCCCUGAUGAUGACUUGGAGAGAUACUGGGAUUUUUACCACUCUCUCUUCACUGUGUGCAGUAACUCUCCAAGGACUCUCAUGCAUUUAUCGAGAUGCGCCAUCCGAAGAACGUUACACAACAGAUGUCACAGAGUAAUUCCUCUGCUUUCCCUCCCAUUGUCAUUGAAAAAGUACUUGCUUUUAGAGCCAGAGGGAAUCAUUUAUUAAGCCUUAUGAGACAGAGGUUCCCAAUCCCAGAUAUUUAAGUGGACUCGCCGGGUAGACACCGUUUACAUAAAUAAAAUGGUACUUGGGUUGAUUAUAACACUUCAGGGAUUUCAAAACACUUUACAAACACUAUGUCAGGUCAUUGAUCGUAGGGUUUCAUGGUGAGGGGAGAUAAAGAAGCAAAGCAAGAAUGUAUCCAGAAGGUACAGACAGAACAAUAAUAACUAACAGGAUUACUAUAGGUGCUCUUACUAGGUGCCUGAUAUAUUUUUGUAAAAUGUUCCUAUAUUAUCUCAUUUGAAAUGGGACCCAGAGUUUCCUACAACCAAUCCCCCUUAUCAGUGACAAGUUUACAUUACUGUUCAUUUGGCAAAAUAGCAGGCUUUGUGAUCCGCCUCUUAAUCUUGGUGCCUUUCCCCCAUUCCCACUUGGCAGAUUAUUACUGUUGCUGGUUUUGCACACUCCUGUACCCACACCAAACUCCUCACCUUGUUCUUAGCGAAGAAAGCAUGUGAACGUAGUGCAAACGGGGAGAUCUUUUUUUCCACUUAGAAAUGAAAAACAAAGGCCAGUCCACUUAAUAGUCAGAAAUGGACAUUUCAACACACUCUCACUGAGCCAGAGACUGGAGAUGCAAAGAUGAGCCCGAAGCAAGGACUCCUGCCCUCCAGGAUCUCACCAUUCAGCAGAGGAUCUGGACAUACAAGUAGGGAACUGCAGGGUCAAAGGUCAGGGGCAAGAGUACAGGUGCUGACUCAUUCAUAGUGCUUGCCUUCCAAAGCCGUGUUUCUGACACUAAGUGUGGUUUUCUUUUAAGCAUGAAGAUGGAGUGAAGAGAUUGUGUGACGUGGGGAGGGGGAGUGUCUCCUGCUGCUGUGAGCGGAAAUGUAAUCACUUUAAGUUUCUCCACCCAUCUAGGUAUUGUUUUAUUUCAGCAUGAUUUCCUGUUUAAUGUGAAGGGAAAGACUUAAGUUUAUUACAUUGGUCUUUUUAUGUAACAGACUGACAUUUCAGAGCAUUUUUGCUAGAAGGUCAGGAGUGCUUUGCUAGCAAUGGCUGGCUAUAAAAAGCAAAGAAAAAGACUUUUUUUUUAAAAUGAUAGAAGUUUGAAAAUGUUGGAAAGAGAAGUAUGUUAGACAGGCUUGUUAGUUAGUGGUUUGCUGAAAGAGAAAUAUAGAUGAUGGACGUCUGGACCUCAUGGUUUAUGAGGCCAACUUGCUUCUUUUUUUUUUUUUUCCUCUUGCUGAUUGCUUAGUAAUGCUUUUUAGAUGUUAGAGCAGAAGUCAUAAAGCACACACAAAUCAGUUUGCCACUUGUGAGCAGGUUUCUUUCAUUUGUGUGGUUCUCCAUCUUAUUUAACUUUAGAUGCUUGAGUUUUGAGUAGAGACGGUCCUAUAUAAUAAAAGGCUAAUAUGCAAAUCAACCAAACAGCAGAAAGACCGGUCACUAUGAUGCACACUGACCACUAGGGAGCAGGCGCUCAAUUCAGGAGCUGCCCCCUGGUGGUCAGUGUGCUCCUACAGGGGGACCGCCACUCAGCCAGAAGCCCUGAGCAAGGACUGGAGAUCCCGCUCUGGGGAGUGGGCCUAAGCUGUCAGUCAGACAUCCCCUGAGGUCUCCCGGACUGCAAGAGGGCACAGGCCAGGGUGAGGGAAUCCCCAAAAUGCAUGAAUUUCAUGCACUGGGCCUCUAGUAUUAAAUAAUCCAUGUAGAAUGUGUUUCUAAACUGAGAUUCUCAUAGUCCAGGCGCUCUGUAGGAAAAAUCAUAGGUGGAUACAAUAAUCUUUUCGAAGCAUCAGUUUUACUCAAAAUUUUGGGAGAAAUAUUUUGUACUGAGUCAAGACCUAUAUUGUGGAAUGGAACGCUGAAUUUGUAUGAACCAUUCAUAUACAACACGAUCCGUCAGAAGACUAUUUGCUGACAUCAAGCUGUUAGGCCACAUGGCAGAACACUGGGCGCAGGUCCAUGCUGGCCUCCACUUUCAGGGCUAUUCUGGCAGACACAUUUGUGAUGCACUGACUUGGGCAAUAAAGCUGAUGCUGCGGACAGAGAGAGAUGACGUUCCUUCCAUGGGGAAACGUGUUUCUCAGUCUGCUUGCUUGUACUUACGUGUCGGGUAUAACACAUGACUACCUAUUUCAAAUUGUUUAUUCAUGGGUUUAAAGCUCUUUUUUCUCAUCUCCGAACUUUUAUUCAGAGGACUUCAAUAAAGCUCUUCUGUUUCCUUUCA